GCUGCGCUCGCUUGCCACUGCUAUGAGAUUCCAUAACAGGCAGGCUGAGAGUUGAGAGGCUCCACAUGUUACAGCAGUGCUGAGAAGGAUUUUUACAGUCAAAGUCUCUUUUCCUCAGCCAGCUGCAUCUCUCAGACCAUGGCACAAAAAGCGCCUGUGGACCCCACCAAGAUGGGAGUGGGCCGGGCGAUUGCUGUGCUAACCUCAGGAGGUGAUGCCCAGGGUAUGAAUGCAGCGGUGAGGGCCACAGUUCGAGUGGGACUUUACACUGGAGCAAAAGUGUUUUUUGUGAAAGAGGGUUACCAGGGUCUGGUGGAUGGAGGAGAUCAUAUCAUCCCAGCUACUUGGGAGAGUGUGUCCAUGAUGCUACAGCUGGGUGGAACUGUGAUUGGUAGCGCCCGCUGUCAGGACUUCCGCAACAAGGAAGGACGCACCAAAGCUGCCUUUAAUCUGGUGAAGCUAGGUAUCACCAACCUGUGUGUGAUUGGAGGUGAUGGCAGUCUGACAGGCGCCAACGAGUUUAGAACAGAAUGGGCUGAGCUGCUGGCAAUCUUGGUCAAAGCUGGUAAGAUCACAGCAGAGGAGGCCAAGGGUUCCUCUCACCUCAAUAUCGUUGGCAUGGUGGGCUCCAUUGACAAUGAUUUCUGUGGGACUGAUAUGACCAUUGGCACAGACUCGGCUCUGCACCGCAUCAUAGAAAUAGUGGACGCCAUCACCACCACAGCACAGAGUCAUCAGAGGACCUUCAUCCUGGAGGUAAUGGGCAGGCACUGUGGUUACCUUGCCCUGGUGACGGCUCUGGCUUGUGGCGCUGACUGGGUGUUCAUCCCAGAAAUGCCCCCAGAGGAGGGAUGGGAGGACCAUCUCUGCAGAAGGCUGACUGAUCAAAGAAGUCGUGGUUCCCGUUUGAAUAUUAUCAUUGUUGCAGAGGGAGCGAUGGAUCGCCACGGUAAACCUAUCACCUGUGACCAUGUCAAACAGCUAGUACAAAAGAAGCUAGGCUUCGACACCCGCACCACCAUAUUGGGCCACGUACAGAGAGGUGGAACACCAUCUGCCUUUGACCGAAUCCUGGCAAGCAGGAUGGGUGUGGAGGCUGUAAUGGCUCUGCUCGAAGCCACCCCAGAAACCCCUGCAUGUGUGGUCAGUUUAUCUGGUAACAUGGCUGUCCGGCUUCCUCUCAUGGAGUGUGUCCAAGUGACAAAAGAUGUCACCAAAGCCAUGUCUGAAGGGAGGUUUGAAGAAGCUGUGCAGCUCAGGGGAAAGAGUUUUGAGAACAACUGGAACGCGUACAAAAUGCUGGCUCAUGUGCACCCACCAGAGAAAAAGAGUAAUAUCAAUGUUGCCAUAUUAAACGUGGGUGCUCCGUGUGCUGGGAUGAAUGCUGCAGUUCGUUCUGCUGUCAGAACUGGAAUCCUCCAGGGCCACCAGAUGCUGGCAGUGCACGAUGGCUUUGAGGGCUUGGCUUGCGGAAUGAUUGAGCCAAUCGGUUGGUCUGGAGUGGCAGGAUGGACCGGUAAGGGUGGCUCCUUCCUGGGCACUAAGAGAAUCCUACCAUCUCAGUUCAUGGAGGAAAUCAGUCUAAACAUCACUAAAUUCAACAUUCAUGCUUUAAUAAUUAUCGGCGGUUUUGAGGGUUUUGUUGGUGGUCUAGAGAUAGUGCAAGCUAGAGAGAAAUACGAGGAGCUGUGCAUACCCCUGGUUGUUCUUCCCGCUACCGUUUCCAAUAAUGUUCCCGGCAGUGACUUCAGCAUUGGUGCUGACACUGCCCUUAACACCAUAACCAUGACAUGUGACAGGAUCAAGCAAUCUGCUGCUGGCACCAAGAGGCGAGUCUUCAUUGUGGAGACGAUGGGAGGAUACUGUGGCUACCUGGCAACUAUGGCUGGCUUGGCCUCUGGAGCUGAUGCUGCCUAUAUUUAUGAGGAGCCAUUCAACAUUCACGUUCUAGAGGUGAAUGUGGAACAUCUGGUGGAGAAGAUGAAGACUACAGUCAAGCGAGGGCUCAUUCUGAGGAAUGAGAAGUGUAAUCCCAACUACACCACAGAUUUUAUCUUCAACCUAUACUCAGAGGAAGGCAAGGGCGUGUUUGACUGCAGGAAGAACGUUCUUGGACACAUGCAACAGGGUGGAACACCCAGUCCUUUUGACAGGAACUUUGGCACCAAGAUGGGGAUGAAGUCUGUUCUGUGGCUGACUGAUAAGCUGAAGGAAUGCUACAGACACGGCCGCAUCUUUGCCAAUUCUCAGGAUUCUGCCUGUGUGUUGGGAUUGAAGAAGAGAUCGAUGGUCUUUCAGUCUCUUGCAGAACUGAAAGAACAGACCGACUUUGAACAUCGUAUUCCAAGGACACAGUGGUGGCUAAGUCUGAGGCCAAUCCUGAAGAUCUUAGCCAAGUACAAGAUCAGCUUGGACACCUCUAAAAGUGCCGCAUUGGAGCACGUCAUCAAGAAGAGAGGCGUAGUUCCACAGUAGCCUUUGAAUGUAUUUAUUCUUGCCAUGAAGGCUUGAUCUGAGUGCUUCUCUACCACACACUUUGUAAAAUGUAUUCAACAAAAGUGUCAACAAUUUAAAAAAAAACUCUCAAGAA